AUGAGUAUAUUUAAAUUAAUUAAUAGAGGUAUUAUAUUGCCGACAGCUGGGUUUUCAUUAGGUAUUUUAACUUUCAUGAAAGCUUGGCCUGAUGAAGCUGGAUCAAUGACGUUACACGAUUCUUUGGCAGUUACUAAGGAUUCCGAAAAUCUUUUUCAACAAAGAUACGAUAUCCUACAAAAAAUAUCUCACUCCAAAUUCUACCAACGUCUUUUACAUGAUUCAAGUGUAGAACAAGAUUUCCAAAGUAAUCAAAUACCGGAUACUCAUAGACCUUUUCAUGUAGGCCAGGGUCAAUUGUUUGGGCCUGGGAAGUUAGAGAUCGAUCCAGUGAUAUUUUCAGACCCAGUAGAAGGUAAGAUUGUUGUAUUUUAUCAUUUAGGUAAGAGUCUUGGGAAUGAAAAAGGCCAAGUCCAUAAAGGUGUUUUGGCAUUGUUGUUGGAUGAGGCUCUUUGUUAUUGUGGAUUCCCAAGUCUUCCCAAUAAAAGAGGAGUUACAGCAAAGCUGGAAUUAGAUUUUUUAAAGGAUAUCCCCAUUGAUUCUACAAUUAUCUUACGGGCAGAAGUAGUCGAAAAGAAAGGUCGUAAAGUGGUAAUUGAUGGGACUUUAGAGACACUGCCAAGAAAACUACUACUAGUAGGCCUCGAAUCAGAGAGAGGAUCUGUUUUUGCUAAGGCUACAUGUAUACUAGUCGAACCCAAAUGGUUCAAGUAUCUGAGCAAAUUGAAUAUUAUGUAG